AUUUGUUGAUUCUGGUUAACUUCGGAAGCGCCAUGCUUGAGUUAGUCCAGUUGGUGGGUAGAGUAGUUAUUAUUACAAAAGCAGUAGCCAGCUGCAUAUUGAUCUGCACAAGAGAAAUAUAAUUCAUUACAGCAGCUAUGGCUUUGCACUCAACUCCUUCCCAACUCAUAUCCCUGGUGGAGAUACUACUGAUAGUUGCUACUGCAGCAACAGCAGUAUCGGCUAUAGCCAAACCUGGCUGUAACGAUACCUGUGGAGACGUCAAAAUCCCAUAUCCAUUUGGGACAACGUCUGAUUGUUACUUCAAUGAAGAUUUUUUCAUCAACUGCAGCUACCUUUUCAAUCCUCCCAAGCCAUUCUUGUGGCACUCAAAUAUCGAUGUUUCAAGCAUAGGCACGAACGGCAGUUUGGAGGUUCUGUUUGAUGUAACAAGUGACUGCUACGAUGUAAAAGGCAAACCCGACUACGUGAAAAGCAUUACCUGGUCGUAUUUAUAUAUCUCCAAAUUCAAUGUCUCCAACACCGAAAACAAGUUCACAGUCAUUGGCUGCGACAGUUAUGGUUACAUCAAAGGUUCUAUUGGUGACCAAAUUUACAUAACUGGGUGCAUGUCCUUUUGUGAGAAUGAAACCUCUGUGUACAGCGGAUCCUGCACUGGAAAUGGAUGUUGCCAGAUAGAUAUUCCUAAAGGCCUAACACAAAUCAAUGUGUCAGCAUAUAGCUUCAACAAUCACCUUUCAGUAUGGGAGUUUAAUCCAUGCACGUAUGCCUUUGCUGCUAAGAAAAACCAAUUCACUUUCUCCAGAGGUAACCUUCGCAAUUUAACACAAAAUCAAUUUCCUCUGGUGCUAGAUUGGACAAUACCUAUCAAUGAAACCUGUGAAGAAGCGAACAACACAUCAUGUUACGCUUGUAAGGAAAACUCAGAGCAUUAUGAACGUGAGGAUUACACAGGGUAUCUUUGCAGAUGCAACAACGGUUACGAAGGGAACCCGUACCUCUCCAAUGGUUGCCAAGAUAUCGAUGAAUGCUUGAAUUCAAACAACUGUACACAUACAUGCAUCAACACAGAAGGGAGUUAUACAUGCAAGUGCGACGAGGGCUUCCACGGCGAUGGAAGAAAAGACGGAGAUGGCUGCAUCCCUGAUACCAAUCAAUUUCCACUCAUCAAGGUUGCUCUGGGUGUUGGCAUAUCCCUUGUGGUUCUGCUUUUGAGUAGCGCUUGGCUCUACUUGGUUUUGAAGAAGAGAAAGCUCAUGAAACUUAAAGAGAAGUUCUUUCGGCAAAACGGUGGUAUCCUUUUAGAAGUGGAACUUUCAAAACGAGGUGGAUCUUAUCAAACAGCAAAAAUCUUUACAGCAGAGGAACUUCAAAAGGCUUCCGACAACUAUGAAGAGAGUAGAAUCAUUGGUCAGGGAGGUUUUGGCACAGUAUAUAAAGGAUUUCUAUCUGAUGGUAGUCCAGUUGCCAUAAAGAAGUCCAAAAUAAUAGAUAAAAACCAAACUGAGCAAUUUGUUAAUGAGGUACUUGUGCUCUCACAAAUUAACCACAGAAAUGUGGUCAGGCUUUUGGGUUGUUGUCUAGAGACUGAAGUCCCUCUACUAGUUUACGAAUUUGUCAACAAUGGUACACUCUUUGAGCACAUCCACAAUAAAGACAAGACGCCCACCAUUUCUUGGGAAACUCGUCUAAGAAUAGCUACAGAAACUGCGGGGGUCCUAUCCUAUUUGCACUCAGCCACCGCUACCCCAAUAAUACAUAGAGAUGUCAAGUCCACCAAUAUACUCUUAGACCACAAUUUCACAACCAAAGUGUCUGAUUUUGGAACUUCAAAGUUGGUUCCAACUGAUGAAACACAAUUGUCCACAGUGGUUCAGGGCACACUCGGAUACUUAGACCCUGAAUACUUGCAUACUAGCCAAUUGACUGAGAAAAGUGAUGUGUACAGUUUUGGAGUCGUCCUUGUGGAGUUAUUGACAGGGAAAAAGGCACUUUGGUUUGAAAAGCUUGAGGGGCAGAAAAGCCUUGUUACGUAUUUUCUAACUUCAUUGAAACAAGGUUAUUUGUUUGAAAUUUUUGAGAAUCGUAUCUUGAAGGAUGGGAAUGAAGAGCAGCUCAAGGAAGUGGCUCAACUAGCAAAGACAUGCUUAAACGUGAAAGGGGAGGAGAGGCCUACAAUGAGAGAAGUAGCAAUGGAAUUAGACGGAUUAAGAAAGAUGCAUAAACAUUCGUGGGUUAAUGCCCAAUUGAAUCAAGAAGAGACAGAGCACUUGCUCCAUGAUAACUCUAAUGUUCAUAAUUGUGGUGAUGGCAGUAGCAUAACUAUGGGUUAUGACAGCCUCAAAGACCACGCACUAGUGGUGCUCGACGACGGGAGAUGAUUAUUGCUGCAUGAUUAUACCAUUUCUCUUUUCCUAUGUAAUAAGGCAUUAUCACUUUCAAAGCUUGAACAUUUUAAAAAAUGAUUUAGUUGUUGCUUCAUGCAUUAGUUA